UUGAUCUAUUAAAUUCAAAAGUCAAUAAUUUUCCUAUUUUACUAAAGAAAAUUAUGUCACUCCUAGAACAUAAUAUACCUACUAUCAAAAAGUUCUCAAUAUAAUGAGUAAAGGAAUUCAAAAACCUUCAAGUUCCCAUUCUGUUAUAAGAAGUGUAGACGCAAAGAAAUCUGUACUAGGUGAAGAUAUUGACAAGUGUUCAAUAGUAAGUGUAAUAUGUCGCAUUUGCUAUGAUGGGGAUAAAACUGAACCGAUUAUUACACCUUGCAAAUGCAAAGGAAGUGUAGCAUUUGUCCAUCGUACCUGCCUUGAAAAAUGGUUAGCAGAAUCCAACUUAACAUCGUGUGAAGUGUGUCAUUACGUAUACCAAACAGAAAGGGUUCCCGCAUACACAGCGCAGCAAUCUAUUUGGCGUUGGUUUCGAGUGCAUCCCCACACUAGCACAAUUCCAAUUCGCGGUUUAAGGAACGACCUCUAUGCGUGUGCAAUAAUCACACCUCUAGCAAUUAUUAUCACUUAUAUUGGAUUAUUUUCGGCAGAUUAUUACAAUCAGAAGAGAUUCUCAGAUAUUCCGGCCGCAAAAUGGACAGCCCUUUCAUUAUUAAUAAUGAUUUCCAUUAUGAUUGGAGGAUACUAUUUGUGGGUGUACAUGGUUAUUAGGUAUCACGCUAGAGCUUGGUAUUACUGCUGGCAAGAGGAAUCCAUUGUGCAUUACAUUCCUCCUAGUUCGAUUUCUUUUCAAGGAACGCAAGACAUUGCAGUUGAAGAUGGUAGGGACACACUCAGCUCUGAAGCCUUUAACAUUUUUGAGCCAUCAGAAUUUCGAAAUGCAAACAUUACACUUCAGAACGAAGUUAUUCCCUUACAAACCAUCAAUGCUACGGAUAGUGAAACAAGAAGUGAUAUUGCAAUUAAUGACAAUGUAGUCUAAAAUUAUUUAUUGUUCAAUUAAUAUCCCCGAAACAUUUAAGAUGCUCUUCUUUUGAUAGACACUUUUCCUCUCGCCAAAUUAGACACAUAUAUUCUAA